AUUCACCUAUUGGGCAUGGAUCAAAGGGAUUUCCCCUUUAGCAGAUUUUUGCAGUUCAGUCCGCUGCGUGAAGAUUUUGCUGUUCAGUUGAUAAUUGGUUUCAAAAUGCUAAAAAGCUACAAGUGCUUACCCGUAUAUGUUGUAGAAAAUCACCAAGAGGCUUUACAACAUAUUUACCGUGCAAUGGGAUCUCGGCAUCUGCCUUUGGAUGGGGUCGUGAUGGUUCAUCUGGAUGCACAUCCUGAUCUUAUGAUAUCUACCGAUAUGAAAGCAAACGUUGUUUGCAACAAGCAAGCUUUGUUUGAGAACUUGAGUAUAGAGAAUUGGAUAAUGCCUGCCAUGUAUUCUGGACACCUACAUCAUGUUGUAUGGGUAAAGCCACCAUGGGCCAAUCAGCUAGAACUUGGCCAAACAACUUUCCAUAUAGGAACACAUUCUGAAUCACAGAAAAUAAGGGUUACUUGGCCAGAUUCAUAUUUCCUAAGUGAUGUGUUAUUUGCAACAAGAGAUGAACUUCAGAAUGCAAAGAAAGUGAAAGUCAGUGUUGUCGACUUGGAAACACCUCUGCUGAAGAGAGCAACAUUUCAGGAACUUGAAGAGCUUUCCAAAGAACUGAACAGAAAACGAUUAAAUUAUGGUGACAGGAAUAAAACAAAGGAGUCUGUCACUGCCAAGAGUCAGAAUGAACAUGAUCAGUACAAAAAAAACCUCAUGAAACCAUCUGUGACUGAUGAUCAGGGCAACCAUAUUGAUUGCAAAACCAAGGAGUCAACAUCUGAAGACAUCAUAGAAAAGAAAGCUGGGAGUGCCACCCACAAGAAUGAUUCCGGUGAAGAGGAAAUUAUUUCUAAUCAUUCAAAGUUGAUUUCUUCUGAGAGUCAAUUCGAGCAAACACUCGGCAGUCCUCAUACAGAUUCUGUCGAAUACAUGUUUGAAAUCAUUUCUAAAGCUAUAGAGGCCAGUAAAGCAUAUAUUCUUGAUAUUGACUUGGAUUUCUUCUCAACGAAAAACCCAUUUAGGGAGUUGUACACAGAGGAACAGUAUGAUGUACUUAAGAGUCUGUACGACUUUGUAGGACCAGAAGAUGAUUCAAUAAGUGCAAUACAUAAGUGCCAAGAAGUUAGGACACUACAGUUGAUGGAAUUAGAGAUGGCUCUCAAGUCAUGUCUACAAGUCAUUCCACUCACUGAUGAAGUCAAGCAAUUUAAAUGUUAUCAAGAAGUAAGCAACCUUCUUAUCAAUAUACAAAAAACAAGUCCCGAGCCUUUGGAUUGGGAAUUGAUACACGCUGCAGGCAUGUCAUGUGAUAACACUGACCCAGAGCUCCCUCACCAUGUUAGCACUGUGGAGGAAAUAAAUAGUUUGUUGGCUGCUGCAGAAUCAUUGUUUACCAGGUUACCAAGGCCAACCUUAAUCACAAUGUCCAGGUCAAGCUACGAUGACUAUUGCCCACCUGAGCAAGUCGACAUGAUUCAGCAGAAAACGCUGAAAAUGCUUCAGACCGUGUUUGGGCAGAUAGAUGUCCAUCUAGAUUAUGAAAAUUACAAUGAUGACGAGAGUUAGCGACUCAAUCGUAAAAUGUAGAAUAUCUCCUUAUAGUCACCCACAGUGAACCAUCGCGCUAAAUUAUUGCCGAGGUACCACAAAAUGAACCAGCCAUUUGUAGGGAAAUAUUACUAAAGUGUGUGUGGUUGUAAAUGUGAUUAUUUUGCCAAUUGAAUAACACAUUCUGAUUGGUCUGUUGUUAUGUUUCACAUUAAUAUACAUAGGUCCAUUAACAACCAUUCCCAUCUGAGAUACAUUAGUUUGUAGUGAUUAAAUGAGUGCAACACUAGCACCCUACAUUUUUUUUAAUGGUAGACCACCUUAUAAUAUAGUCUCUGCACCUCAAAAACACCCCAUGGAGAUAAUGGAAUUUCCCACCCAAGGUAGACAUUUUUCCUGCAAACACUUAAAUAUAUGAAUUUAGUUUAUAAAAGGGUAAGUUGGGAAAAUACACUUUGCAUUCAAGUUACAGUACUUAAAAAAUAUUUUGAUGAGUGGUUUGCAGUAGAAAACAUAAUUGGACAAUAGAAAUCUUUGAAGAAAUAUUUUAUUAUCAAAUCAAUUUUACUUCAUUUCUCUUUGUAGAGUAUUAAUUGAAAUAACAUAAUACAUGGAUUACUUAGUAACA